AUGGGAGCAUUUGCGAAGUGUCCGAAGUCCAGUCCGCGAGCGGGAGGUCGGGCGUGUGGCAAAAAUUAUGGGCGCAUCAGCACUUCAUGCGAUCCCUGUCAACACUCCGCUGGGCGUGAUGCAGAAUCCGUACUACCGACGGACUGGCUUGAUACACGGGGAAUGCUAGUAGUGUGCCUGGCCACAUAG